CCUUCAGAUCAAAACGCCAGGGGAGGAAAAAGGAAGAAAAAAGAGGGAUAAAAAAAAAAGAAAAGAAAAAAAAGAAAUGGACGCAGAGCUUCUCGAGCUCCAAAAACAGUUCGAGUCCGCUCAACAAGCGAAAUCGAGCGUGAGAUUAUCCGAUCGCAACGUCGUCGAGCUCGUUCAAAAGCUCCAAGAUCUCAACUUUAUCGAUUUCGACCUCCUCCACACUGUUUCGGGCAAAGAGUACAUUACUCCUGGUCAAUUGAGGCAGGAGAUUGAGGCGGAGAUUGAGAGAACGGGUAGGAUUUCUGUGAUUGAUCUGAGUGAUGUGAUCGGUGUGGAUUUGUAUCAUGUUGAGAAGCAAGCGCAGGGGAUUGUGGGGAGGGAUUCUGGGCUUAUGAUUGUGAAUGGUGAGAUUAUCUCGGAUUCGUAUUGGGAUUCAGCGGCGGAGGAGAUUGAUGAGAAGCUGCAGGAGUGUAGCCAGAUUGCGUUGGCUGAGAUUGCUGCGCAGUUGCAAGUUGGGUCUGAGUUGGUCGUUUCUAUUUUGGAGCCUCGAAUUGGGAGUAUCAUAAAAGGCAGGCUUGAAGGUGGACAGCUAUAUACACCAGCAUAUGUUUCACGUAUUUGUGCUAUGGUUCGUGGUGCUUCAAGGGGUAUAACUGUCCCAACAAAUUUAGCGACCGUGUGGAACUCGUUGCAGCAAUUAUUGCAAGACAUGGAUGGGGCUAAUGGUGUUUCUGUGGAAGGUGCUUUCUUUCAAUCCCAGUUCAAUGGACUGGUGAAAGAAGGUGAGAUCCUUGGAUCGCUACGUGCAGGAGUUCAGUGGACACCGGCUGUUUUUGCGCAUGCUCAAAGGGAAAGUGUGGAUUCUUUCUUUUCACAGAACUCCUACAUCAGCUAUGAUGUUCUUCUUAAACUUUCAAUUCCUCAGCCUAAACAGUACUUACAGUCCAGAUAUCCUGAAGGUAUUCCUCUUGAGGGUGUUUUCAUUCACCCCUCGCUAGUUGAUAUGUUGGAUGCUGCUAUAGAAGAUGCUGUUGACCAUGGUAACUGGAUUGACAGUCUUUCAGUUCUGCCAGCGUAUGUUGGAGGCCGGGAUGUUACUAAAAUCUUGUCACAUUGUCCCUCUGUUCAGAAGGCGCUUAAGUCCUCGAAAGCAAUUGUAUUGGGUGAAUCAUGCAUAUUUAGCAGCAACUAUAUCAAGGGUAUGUUUGAUCAAAUGGAGAAAGAGAUGGAUACAUUUAGCUUGACAAAUCUUGCUGGUCAAGGGAUGCAUACUGACUCGCAUGCAGCUAAUGAGCGUAAAAGUGGACUCAGUUCUUGUGAUUAUUCUGAGCUGAAAGAGACCGGUGGUGAUGGAGGCAGCAGCAAAUAUGUUUCUGAAAAAGGGUCAAAGAAGAAAAGAGGAAAAGUCCAGGGAUCUGCGAAGACAGGAGCAUCUGAAAGCGAUUUUGAUAGCCAGGAACAUGUUCCUAUUAAAUUCAAGAAAAAUCAGCGAAAAACCAAAGAUACAGGUCCUUCUGAUACUAAAUCUGGUACUAGAAAAGGUCUGGACAAGGUGAGAGAGGAUAACUUGAAUGUGCCAUCUGAAGAAUGGAUAACAGAAAAGAUUCUGGCAUUGGCUCCUGAUCUGGGUGAAUUAGGAGAUCCUGAGGAUCCAAGUUCAUUGCUUAGAAAGUUGUCCAAUCAUUUGAGACCAAUGCUGCUCAAUUCAUGGAAAAAGAAAAGGAAUUCAGUGAUGUUGGAAAAUUCCGAGAGAAGACGUCGGCUGCUUGAUAAUUUGCAGAAGCAGCUGGAUGAGGGUUUCUUGGAAUUUCAGCUUUAUGAAAAAGCACUUGAUCUCUUUGAAGAUGAUCCUUCAACAUCUGUUGUCUUACACAAGCAUCUGCUUAAGACCAUGGCUGCAUCGAUUGUGGACAAAGUUAUUUCAACUUUGGUGAUGGAUGAUAAAUUGAAGAAUGGAGUUGAAGUUGGUGAUACUGAAAGUCCAGGUUGUGGGGACCAGAGCCGUAUCUCUUUGGCAAAGAGCUUGCCUGACUCUCUAUCAGUGAAGGCACAAGCAGUGGUUGAAGCUUUGGAGGCGAAGAGUGUAGAACCUUUCAUGGCUGAACUAGGGGCAUUAGCAGAGGAAUGUGGACUGCUAUUGAAAAAGCUUGACAAGAAAUUAGAAAGGACGCUAUUGCAUUCUUCUCGUAAGGACUUGACAGCACAAAUUUCCGCAGAAACUGACCCGAUUGCACUUCUACCGAAAGUUGUUGCCUUGCUGUACCUGCAGGUAUACAACAGGGCUCUUCAAGCACCUGGAAGGGCUAUUUCUGCUGCUGUUUCUCGUCUAAAGGACAAACUUCCUGAUCCGGCGUAUAAGAUCUUGAUGGAUUAUCAUAGUGCUACUGUCACUCUUUUAGCCCUACAAGCUGCUGCAACUGGAGAUGAAGAAGAUUGCACAUCUGACAGGAUUCUAAGCAAAAAGGAACUAUUGGAAAGUAAAAUGCCAGAGCUGAAAGGCUUGGUAUUGAGCAGUAGCAGCACAUGAUAUGUAGAUUUUUCCAGAAUCAAAAGGCUCCAGGUCAUGUGUACUCAAGACCUGACAUUCUCUGAUACUUUCACUUCAAAUAGCUCGGGCAGUUUUUAUCGCGAUACUUUCUACAUGGCCAUUCAUCCAUAUAAAUGUUAUAGAUGAAGUUUCAGUCAUCACCUCGUAAUAUUUUUUUCGAGGAGCUAGUUGUGUUGUCGUGUGAUCUGACCUGGUGAUUUGAUGUAAACUGAUCUCUGUAGAAUAGAUAUACUAUACCAGCUAUGUUUUUACUUUCUACACAAAAAUGUACACAAAACUUUUGUGAACAGCAUAUAGUUGUCUGGGAUGUAAAAGGCUAUCCUCGCUGACUCUUAAACAGAAUAUUACCAAGAAACAAAGUUCUUAUGCUGCUAAAUCUA